CGACGGGGGCGAGGAGGAAGACGGGCUCGGUCCCCAUCAUGGGGUGGCUUCCCGAGCGGGGCCGCCUGGCGGCGGGGCUGCUGGUGAACUUGGCGGCGUCCAUCUGCAUCGUCUUCCUGAACAAGUGGCUGUACGUGCGGAUGGGCUUCCCCAACCUGAGCCUGACGCUGGUGCACUUCGCCGUCACCUGGCUGGGGCUCUACGCGUGCCAGGCGCUGGGCGUCUUCGCCCCGAAGAGCCUGCGGGCCCGGCAGGUGCUGCCGCUGGCGCUCAGCUUCUGCGGCUUCGUGGUCUUCACCAACCUCUCGCUGCAGAACAACACCAUCGGCACCUACCAGCUGGCCAAGGCCAUGACCACGCCGGUCAUCGUGCUCAUCCAGACUGUGGCGUACGGCAAGACCUUCCCUACCCGCAUCAAGCUCACCCUGAUUCCUAUCACAUUAGGUGUUUUUCUAAAUUCCUAUUAUGAUGUGAAAUUUAAUCUUCUUGGGAUGGUAUUUGCCUCUCUUGGUGUUCUAGUUACAUCUCUUUAUCAAGUGUGGGUAGGAGCAAAGCAACAUGAGCUACAAGUAAACUCUAUGCAGUUGCUCUACUAUCAAGCUCCAAUGUCUUGUGGCAUGCUGUUAUGCAUUGUGCCCUUCUUUGAACCUGUUUUUGGGGAAGGAGGAAUUUUUGGUCCCUGGACACUUCCUGCUGUGUUUAUGGUGCUGCUCUCUGGAAUAAUAGCUUUUAUGGUGAACUUGUCUAUUUACUGGAUCAUUGGAAAUACUUCACCAGUAACCUACAAUAUGUUUGGACACUUCAAAUUCUGUAUCACCCUGAUGGGAGGGUAUAUUUUAUUUAAAGAUCCUUUGUCAAUUAAUCAAGGCCUUGGAAUUACAUGCACGUUGUUUGGCAUUCUAGCUUACACCCAUUUCAAGCUCAGUGAACAAGAUGGGAACAAGAGCAAGCUGGUUCAGCGCCCAUAAGCCAAGUGUUGAUGUAGAUGGCAAAUGUGUCUUUCUGAUAUGCACUGACUUUAAACCUAACAGCUUGACUGGGAAGCAGAUGCAUCCUUUUGUUAAUAAGGUACUGUAAAUUAGCUCUGUUUUGAAAAGAAAUCAGACACUAUGCGCAACUCAAUUUUUACCAUCUUGGUCUGUGUUGUUUUCUGUUACACAGAUAACUUUAUUUACAGGACUGUUUGCAAUUACAAUGGUAGUUCUAUGAGAACUCCUAUUUAUACCAAAUGAACUCAUCAAAGCAGAGGUGGCAUUUAUUGCCAAAGGGAUUUUCUCUGUCCUUCUCAGCAUAUCAGUGUUACCAUUGUCUAGACGUUGUGUUAAUAAUUAUGAAGUCAAAUCAAAGCUUCUUUAUUUGGUACAUAUUAGACUUUUUUUCUCAUCUCUUCAUUUUUUGUUUUGUUUUUAACAAGGACUUAAUCAAUGAAAUCCUGAUUCUAAAAUAUUUGUGCAUAGAUAUCUUUUUUAUGUUUUUGAUGACAUGAUAUGCAUUGAUUUCAGAGAGAUGAAGUUUCUUUGCUCUUGAUUAAGCAAAAUUUGGAUAUCCUACUGCUGUUAAGGCUUUGCAGCUUGAUCAGAUUUCUAACUUUACAGCCUGUUUUAUAGUUCAGUACAGGGCUGGUCCCUGUAAUUUGAAAUAUUUCUCUUCCUGCUCUACUUCUGGGCUCAGUAAAAGCUGUUUUAAGAGAGCAAUUUCUUAGCUGUCUUCUUGGGCCAGUGCAGAUGUAGUGGUUCAUGUUGUUCAUUGGUGUUUUACUUCAGCUUAUGUGCAAAUUUUCCCUGAGCUUUAAAGAUAAUUAAGAGUUAGAGACAGUAAGUGGAGAAAGACUGGAUAAGGCAAAUGUGGUUUUCCACAGACUGAUCCCUUAACAUGACUAAAAGAUCCAUAGACUUUGCACUAGCCCCUUACAAUGGGGAAGCCCAGGCUUGAAUAGUAAGAUACGGGCCCUUUAUGAGUAGUACAUAUUAUAACUGGAUUGAAAAACAAUCAAGAUGUCAACUUUUUGUAAAUUUUUGAAAGCAUAGUUGAGUGAGUCUCUUCUGGAAGAGGUAAAUACCAUUUUCUGGGUGGAGAAAUAAACAUGUAUAAUAAGUAGUUGCCUUGUAUACUAAAUUUGAUUUAUUUUAUAUCAGUAAAUGACUACUGUCUUGUUGGUUUAUA